CCCCUUUUCGCUCGUGGUUUACCCGCUACGAGAAUAAAUAUUAGACGUGGUUUAGCUACGGUUACCGAUCAAAACUUCGCCAAUACUGUUCCACCACCUGCACCAUAUGCUGUAUCGGUUUCGAGCCAACCUGUACCUGCAGCCUUGAAACUGCAAUCUGGUCAAAUUUUUCAUGGACAGUCCUUUGGUGCGCAGACUCCAGUGUCUGGUGAGGCUGUCUUUACAACUUCGCUUGUGGGUUAUCCUGAGUCUAUGACAGAUCCAUCGUACCGCGGACAAAUCCUAGUUUUCACGCAGCCACUUAUUGGAAAUUACGGCGUACCCGGACUAUUUAAAGACCAGUUCGGAUUACUGAAAUUCUUCGAAUCAGACCGUAUUCAAUGUCAAGGCAUCAUCUGCACAGAUUAUUCUGUGCACUAUUCACAUUGGAAUGCCGUUGAGUCACUUUCAUCAUGGUGUCAGCGACAUGGUGUACCUGCGAUAACAGGUGUUGAUACUCGUGAAUUAGUCCAUUUACUACGUGAUCAGGGCUCAACCCUAGCUAAAUUAGUCACCGGAGACGAUGCAAGCAAUGAAGAUUUUGAUAAACUUUCUUUUGUUGACCCCAACAAAAGAAAUUUAGUCGCUGAAGUCAGUACGAAGACGCCGGUUUCGUAUAAUCCUUUCGGAGAUAUUAAGAUUGGCGUUAUUGACU